AUGACUGGGGGCCGCCCGAAGGCGGGGGGCGGCGCAGCAGCAGCAGCAGCAGCUGCUGCUGCUGCAGCAGCAGCCGGAGGGUCCUCGGGGACGGGCGCAGCGGGAGUUGGCGCAGCGUCUGCGCGGGGGGGCCGCGGCGCCGCGGCCGCUGCUGCUGCUGCUGCUGCUGCAGCAGCAGCAGCAGCAGCAGCAGCAGCAGUGCCGCCCCUCGUGGGCCCCACAGGCAGCAGCGUGCAGCACCGCCUCGCUGACGCCGGCCGCAGCUUCCUCGCCAGGUUUUCUGCUGCUCCCCAAACUUCCCAGUUCAUUGAAAAGGGCACUAUGACUCCCCAGGAGUUUGUCGACGCGGGGGACCUUCUUGUCUUCAAGUUCCCCACUUGGCAGUGGUUAGACCCCCUUUCAGGGUUUACGGGGUUUCUGGGGGUUUACGGGGGGUUUUGGGGGGUCAUUAGGGUUUGCGGGGGUUCGGGGGGGUUUUUGGGGGUUUUUGGGGGGUUUUGA